AUGGAUUAAAAGAGUCCUUAAAAAUAGUCAUCACCAAUAAAAAUCUCUAUUAAUAAUAUAGAUAAAAUCUCCUAUUCAAUUAAGGAUUCUUGGAAGAAUUAAGAGGAAGAAAAUCAGAAAUUGUUUGAUUAGUUUUUAUAAUAUUGCAAAUCCUAAUAUCCCGUUUUUAAUAUUAAAUUUACAUGUUCCAUAAGUGGGGAAUGGUUAGAGUAACCUGUAUAAAAAUUAAUUAUCAAAGGUGUCAUUUAUGCAAUGCAUAAUAGAAAAAAAGCAUUUGAAUGAUUGUUUUGAUCUUAAAUAAAUAUUGAAAUAUUUGAUAUAGAAUGACAGUAAUUUUAUGUAAGAUGGAUAUAUUUAGUGUCCUCUAUGCAGAGCAAAAAGUCAUUUUAAAAAAGAUAUACCUUUAAUUCCAAAUUUAUUAUUCCAAUAACUUUAAUAAAAAGUAUAAAUAAUAUAAUAAAAAAUAGUUAAACGAUAAAUCAAAACCAAUAACAUAUUAUUUAUCCACUUAAAUAUUAAUUCCUUUAUAUCCUGGCUUUUUAGGUAAGGAAUAAUUUAAAUACAAUAAUCAAAUUUAAUAAAUAUUUGGUUAAUAAAAUGAUACUCAAUAAAAUUUCACUACAAUAAGAAAGUAAACUAAAGGGAAUGAAUCCUUUAAAUAUUAUCAUCUUUGUUUAUUAGGGAAUAUGAGAAUACAAAUUCCAGUGAGAGGGAAAUAAUGUAAUCAUUUAGAAUGUUAUGAUUUUCUUUAUUUAAAUUGGUACAUGCAAUAGCGAGAUCGUAAUAAUAAUUAUAUUUUCAGAAAAAUAAUUUAAGUGUCUAUUUCUUGGAUGUUAGGAGAUUAUUAAUUUAAAUGAAUUAUAGUUGGAUUAAGAAUUAUAUGAGAUAGGAUUAAAAAGCUAUAAUUUUUCAUCUGAUUAUAUNUUUUGUAAUUUAAAUAAAUAUUAAAUAUUAAAGAUAUUAUUUAAAUAUUUUAAUAAUUAACAUUCACUAAUAAAAACAAUAAAUACACCACAUUAAUUAUAAAUCAUUUAAUCAAAUCAAAGAUUUCAUGUGAUAACUUUUCAUAAUAAAAUAAUCAUCAUAUAUUCAAUUUUAAGUCAUUUAAUUUCUAAAUUAUAACAUUUGAUUUUAAUAUUUCGAAAAUGA